AUGUCUUCGCCUUCGCAGGAUGAUCAAUAUGAUGUCUACCCAGUGCACUUGGGAGAUGCCGCCUCGAUGAACGAAAAGUUCGUUUCUUGGCUUUUCAGAUUCAACGAUGUUUUGGACGUCGAUAAGCUUCAUCUCGCGCUUGCGCAGCUGCUCGAGCAUGGCGACUGGCGAAAGCUCGGCGGGCGCCUUCACAGAACUUCUGACGGGAAAUUAGAAUUACGCGUUCCGCGACGCUUCACCAGCGAACAGCCGGCGGUCGCAUUUACCAAGCAGGACUUUUCAUCCAUGAGCAUCGGCGAGCACAGUCUGGCCAAGCACUUCCCCGAGCCUCGCGACGUGGCUUAUUCCCAAUCUAUUGCCGGAGACAUGGACUUCCGAAGCUUGGCUGUCCCGAAGGGAUUUCCGUCCAACAUGAAGCAAUUCUUGGCGACGCAGGCGCCGCAGAUUGCGCUGUUGACCACCUCGUUCAAGGACGCGACCCUCGUCUCCGUCGUCUGGCCGCACACGUUGUUCGAUGGCGUUGGGCUCACGCAUUUAUUGCAUGCCUGGUCGCUCCAGCUGGCUGGCAAGGACGACGAGAUCCCCCGUGUUCUCGGCGCCAGAGAGGAUGCCCUCGACGCCCUCGAGACGGACGCGCAGGCCGCGACGGGGACCUUUGCCGGCCCCAAGCUCGUGAGCGGCUUGAACCUGUUCCUUUUCAUCGUCUUCUUCCUGUGGCACAGGCUGUUCUACCGACCAAGAGACACGCGCAUGAUUUUCCUACCGCGAGCGGCAGCGGAGGCCAUCUACGGUGAAGCGAAAAAGCACUCCGGGGACGCCUUCAUCACCCAGGGCGACGCCCUAUCUGCCUGGGUCGUCCAGCGCAUCACCGCCGCGGAGCCCGCGCCGCACCCCGUCACGGUGAUGCACCUGGUCAACGGACGGGGACGACUCUCCUGCCUCGCCGACGGCCGCGCGGGCGUCUACCUCCAGAACAUCGUCAGCACCGCCUUCUGCCACCUCGGCGCCGACGUGAUCGCGGGCGCGUCGGUCGGGGCCAUCGCCGUGGAGAGCCGGCGGCAGGUGGCUGCGCAGACGACGGAGGCGCAGAUGACGCUGCUCCUGCGGCGGGUGCGCGAGAGCCUGCGACGGGGGAAGCGCGCGCAGCUCGAGUUUUUGGAGACGCUGCGCUCGCGAGUCGUAUUCACGAAUAACCUGACGAGAGCGGCGUACGUGCAGACGGCGGACUUUGGGCCGGCGGUGGUCCGGCGCGGGGAGGAGGGGGAGGAGGGGGAGGAGAGGCGGAAUCCGGAGGGGACCAUGGUCAAUUACCUGCAUCUGGUGGUGAAUGGUCAUAUCACGGCGACGGAUAAUUUUUACAUCAUCGGCAAGGAUCAUGGCGAGAACUACUGGCUGAUGGUGACCGUUUCGGACAAGGCCUGGACAAGGUUGGACGAGUCGAUCGCGAGCCUAGGGAAGAAGUGCUAA